AUGGAUGUGGAUCCUGUGAAGGCGCCGAAACAAAAUGCGGAAAAUCCUAAUAGAAUUUACAAGAACGCAAUAAGGGGGAUAUUGUUAAACAAAACAAAAACAGACAAAAAAGUAAGAAAAUCAAUUUUUGAUCGCAUAGAGUGGGAUCAUGAUCUUUUUCGUUCCAUGGUUUCGACUGAGCCUGGCUCUAUGAUUUAUGUGCGCAAUUUGCCAAAUGACAUAACAAAUGACGAACUAAAGGCAUAUUUUGAAUUGGUUGAUCCCGUAGUAUCCAUAAAGGUCUGCUUGUAA